UCGUACUCCAACCGCAUCUGCAGCAAGCAGCGGAGAACCCGACACAGAGCCGGCAGCGGCGGAGCAGCCAGCGAGCAGUCCCCGCGCUCCUACCGAGCUCUGCUCACAGCUCUCACCUGUCUCCGCCCUCGGCCCCUCGCCCGGCUUUACCUACCCGAGACUAUGAUGUUCUCGGGCUUCAACGCCGACUACGAGGCGUCCUCCUCCCGCUGCAGCAGCGCCUCCCCUGCCGGGGACAACCUCUCUUACUACCACUCGCCCGCAGACUCCUUCUCCAGCAUGGGUUCUCCAGUCAAUGCGCAGGAUUUCUGCACGGACCUGGCUGCCUCCAGUGCCAACUUCAUCCCCACGGUGACUGCCAUCUCAACCAGCCCCGACCUGCAGUGGCUGGUGCAGCCCGCCCUCGUCUCCUCCGUGGCCCCAUCGCAGACCAGAGCUCCCCACCCCUACGGACUCCACACCCCUUCAGCAGGGGCAUACUCCAGAGCGGGCAUUGUGAAGACCACAACAGGAGGCAGAGCGCAGAGCAUUGGCAGGAGGGGCAAAGUAGAACAGUUGUCCCCAGAAGAAGAAGAGAAAAGGAGAAUCCGAAGGGAAAGGAAUAAGAUGGCUGCAGCCAAAUGCCGGAAUCGGAGGAGGGAGUUGACUGAUACACUCCAAGCGGAGACAGACCAACUAGAAGAUGAGAAGUCUGCUCUGCAGACUGAGAUUGCCAACUUGCUGAAAGAGAAGGAAAAACUAGAGUUCAUCUUGGCAGCUCACCGACCUGCCUGCAAGAUCCCUGAUGACCUGGGCUUCCCUGAAGACAUGUCUGUGGCUUCCCUUGAUCUUAGUGGGGGCCUGCCAGAGGCUACCACCCCGGAGUCUGAGGAGGCCUUCACGCUGCCUCUCCUCAAUGAUCCUGAACCUAAGCCCUCAGUGGAGCCCGUCAAGAGCAUCCGCACCAUGGAGCUGAAGGCCGAGCCCUUUGAUGACUUCCUGUUCCCAGCAUCAUCCAAGCCCAGCAGCUCUGAGACAGCCCGCUCCGUGCCAGACAUGGACAUGUCUGGCUCCUUCUAUGCAGCAGACUGGGAGCCCCUGCACAGUGGCUCCCUGGGGAUGGGGCCCUUGGCCACAGAGCUGGAGCCCCUGUGCACUCCAGUGGUCACCUGUACUCCCAGCUGCACUACUUAUACGUCUUCCUUCGUCUUCACCUACCCCGAGGCUGACUCCUUCCCCAGCUGUGCAGCAGCCCAUCGCAAGGGCAGCAGCAGCAACGAGCCCUCCUCUGACUCGCUCAGCUCACCCACGCUGCUGGCCCUGUGAGCAGGCAGGAUAGGGGAGGCAGGAGGCACCCACACAUGCCACUGCCUGAGUCGGUGCAUUACAGAGAGGAGAAACACGUCUUCCCUCAAGGGUUCCAGUAGACCUAGGGAGGACCUUAUCUGUGCGUGAAUCACACCAGGCUGUGGGCCUCAAGGACUUGAAAGCAUCCCACGUGUGGACUCAAGUCCUUACCUCUUCCAGAGAUGUAGCAAAACGCAUGGAGUGUGUAUUGUUCCCAGUGACACCUCUGAGAGCUGGUAGUUAGUAGCAUGUUGAGCCAGGCCUGGGUCUGUGUCUCUUUUCUCUUUUUCCUUAGUCUUCUCAUAGCAUUAACUAAUCUAUUGGGUUCAUUAUUGGAAUUAACCUGGUGCUGGAUAUUUUCAAAUUGUAUCUAGUGCAGCUGAUUUUAACAAUAACUACUGUGUUCCUGGCAAUAGUGUGUUCUGAUUAGAAAUGACCAAUAUUAAACUGAGAAAAAGAUAUGACUUUAUUUUCUAGUAGAUAGAAAUAAAUAGCUAUAUCCAUGUACUGUAGUUUUUCUUCAACAUCAAUGUUCAUUGUAAUGUUACUGAUCAUGCAUUGUCGAGGUGGUCUGAAUGUUCUGACAUUAACAGUUUUCCAUGAAAACGUUUUAUUGUGUUUUUAAUUUAUUUAUUAAGAUGGAUUCUCAGAUAUUUAUAUUUUUAUUUUAUUUUUUUUCUACCUUGAGGUCUUUUGACAUGUGGAAAGUGAAUUUGAAUGAAAAAUUUAAGCAUUGUUUGCUUAUUGUUCAAAGACAUUGUCAAUAAAAGCAUUUAAGUUGAAUGCGACCAACCUCGUGCUUGUUUCAUUCUGGAAGUUUGUAAGAUUCUGAAAGGUACACUAUUCAAGACCAGUCUUUCAAGAAGGGUAGCUCUUGGAGAGGGACACACCCCUCUUUCUGAUCCCUUACCAAAGAGGAGAAGGAAACUGUAGAGCCGGGUUUGAAGUGUUUUACAAAUACAUGUCUUCAUGUCAUGAUGUUGAGAUUUUCUAUUUACUGAUUCUGGGGGCAAGAACCUACUUCUUUUUCUGUUUUGAUAGUCAGAGGGGGCCAUAUUUAAAUCCAGUUGUACUAGUAAUAAAUUUAGAUGUCUUGGUUUUACAAAAACCCUUUCAUCAAACAGAAUUAACCUUCACACAAACCACUUAAACUUUUUACCCCCACAAAAUCUUGUAAAGUGUUACUCCUACCUUACACCAAAACCCAUUACUGUCAGGUCAAUUCUGACUCAUAGGACCCUAUAGGACAGAGUAGAGCUGCCCCAUGAGGUUUCCAAGGCUGCCACAUCUUUCGCCUGUGUAGUAGCUGGUGGGUUUGAACUGCCUACCUUUCGAUUAGCAGCCAAACACUUAACCACUGUCUCACCAGGGCUCCCGCUCCCACCUUAAAGGUGAGCAAAUUAAUGAAUGUUUUUGUUGUUAGGUGCUGUCGAAGUCAGUUCCGACUCAUAGUGACCCUAUGUACCACAGAACAAAACACUGCCAGGUCCUGUUCCAUCUUUACAAUCAUUGUUAUACUUGAGCCCAUUGUUGCAACCAUUGUGUCAAUCCAUCUUGUUGUGGGUCUUCCUUUUUUUCUCUGACCCUGUACUUUACCAAGCAUGACGUCUUUCUCCAGGAACGGAUCCCUCCUGACAAAAUGUCCAAAGUAUGUAAGACACAGUCUCGCCAUCCUUGCUUCUAAGAAGCAUUCUGGCUGUACUUCUUCCAAGACAGGUUUGUUCGUUCUUUUGGCAGCCCAUUGUAUAUUCAAUAUUCUUCGCCAACACCACAAUUCAAAGGCAUCAAUUCUUCUUUGGUCUUCCCUAUUCACUGUCCAGCUUUCACAUGCAUAUGGUGAGAAUGAAAAUACCAUGGCUUGGGUCAGGCACAUCUUAGUCUUCAGGGUGACAUCUUUGCUUUUCAACAGUUUAAAGGGAUCCUUUGCAGCAGCAAAAUUAAUGACUAGUUAGAACAAAUGAUUUUCUCUAUCUCACUAUUGGGUUUAAAAUCUUAACUUUCUCACUUGUGAUUCUAUCCACCAGACUUGUGUUAUCUCGUAGUAUUUGGUUAAAAAAAGUUUUCAGUCCUUAACUGUAACAUAUAUACAUUUAGUUGGACUCUCUUUAUUCUCAGAAGGGAAGGAGGCCUGGAGUAAUAAACGCAUGAUAAUUUCUGAAGUUUCUUUGACACCAUGUGCCUGACAUUCAGCUUGCACUGGAAGAAGAAAAAGCCGGCCCUGAGAAUUUGAAAGAGAUCACACAGUACAAAUAAUGGUUGAUCAUUUGGUAAAUAAAAAGUUACGUAACAGCUCAAUAAGGAGAAGUCAACACGACUCUGAAUAAGUUUUAACUAAGAAACUUUAUCAUCUUAAAAGAAGAACACGACCUUUGUCUGGGACACCUCUGGUAAUAGCGCACUUAACACGCACAUGUAGGAAUCGCAAAGACAGGAGCCAGCGCCCUUCCUGCCCUGCUCCCUAGUACCAGACAGGCACCAUGCUUGAGAGCCAGGGACUGUGUUUCCUCACACACUAUGCUCAAAAGGAGCUUCAACGCCAGUCUGGUGAUAGUUUUUGGCGAUAAUAAAAAUCAGUGGGUGGUUAUGGGGUGCCAUGCUCAGUCAAGCCACAAGUUUGAAUUUAAAAUGACAGUUCCAUGGAAGCUGAUAUUCUCACCUACGGUCUUCCUGCUCCUCACGUAAUAAGUGAUGUUUGAAGGCAACUUACUUCAUGCUCUGAAGAGCGCUUGUAUGUCUAUCACACACCACUUGCAUGGUGUUUUUGCCAGUCUUGCAAUGAUGAAAAUAGCCUUAGCUGUUUGCUGUUCAGUUUCGUAGCCUUUAAGGAUGAUCUGAACUCAAUACAGAAUUAAUAUAACUAACACCCAGAUCUGAAAUAACAAGGUGAUAUACCCUGUAGGGAAACCAGCUGGCUGUCUGAAGUAUUUGAUAAUAACAACUUGUGAAAGGAGAUCUCCCAGGCAAAGAAGGGCAGCUGGACCUCCAGCCCUGGACACUGACCUGUUCUUGGCGACUAGUGCCUCUGGCAGCCCCGAUCUUGACCGUGUAAAGAGACAGCAUUGCUUUCCCUUUGACAGAUCCUUCUAGUUCACCACGGCCCAGCUGAAAACAGGCUGCUCCAUCAGCAAGACUGUAUUAAAGGUUGAAAGAGUAGGACUUGCACACAGAGACUCCCUUUAACAGGCUUCUCAGAGGCCACAGGGUUCACCAUAGAGCUGACGACCUAGCAUGCUUCCUGCUGACUACUCCCAUGGGAUCAGGAGAAGAAAGCAAUUCCCUCUCUCUCCAAUUAAAGCGCUCCUUCCAAAUCCCCGUUUCCUGACUCAGGAUUGAUACCCAGAACGUCAACUUCCCUUUGGGAAGGACUCAAAUCCUUUCCCACAAGAUAUGGCUUCACUGGUCUCAAUAAAGCAGCUAUCUCAUGGUACCACUGUUCAACACUGAUACAACAGGUACACAUGUAAUACCAGGGCAUGGGACUAGGGAUUGGAGGGUCAUUUCCUUAUGCGGGCUGUGUGUGAUUUAGCUCACCAAUGGACCCCAAAACCUAGCUCAAUGCCUGACACAUAGUACAAGGUUAAUGAAUAUUUGCUCACUGAAUGAAUGAAUUCUGCAUGAUUAUUAGUACUUAAAAACCCCCAAACCAACCCUGUUGCUAUGGAGUCAAUUCCAGCUAAUAGUAACCCCAUGUGUGACAGAGUAGAACUGCACUCCGUAGGGUUUUCAAUGGCUGUCAACUGUUGGAAAUAGAUUGCCAGGUCUUUCUUUUCUGGUGCCUCUGUGUGGAUUCAAACCACCAACCUUUCACUUAGUAGCUGAGCAUUAGCAGUAAUAUAGUCCACACGUUCUCUAAUUUCUCCUGUUCUGGGCCCUAGUGGGAUAUUAAGCAGUGGUGGAGUUCACAUCUUUUAUAUCUGGCUGCAAACACACACCUCGCUUCCAUCCUUCACUCAUGGAAUUCCUCCACUACCUCCCCUGGAUUACCUCAAGUGCAGCCUCAAAGUGAAUGCAUUAAUUUUAGAUGGAAAAAGGACAAGAGAAAAAACAAUAUGUAUCCCUGUAGUGUAGUGGAUUGCAGAUUCUGGGUCAUCCCCGCACAUUGCUGUAUCUUGUGUAAUUACCAAAAUGAAAGGGUAGCAUUUAACAAUUUGUUCUAAUAACAGUACUUUUGUAUCAACAGCAACUUACCCUGUGUGAAUGAAAGUAGAUCAAUUAUGCUAUCUUUAAUUAAUGGACAAAGAGACUGAAGCAAAGUAAAACUUCUCAGGUGAUUACUCUGAGGAAUCAUGAUGAGGUUUUGACAUUAAAAAAAAAAAAAAAAACCUAAAAUAAGAAUCAAAUCUUUAGACUACA